UGUCCCACCUCCUGGGCUCCCAAGGCCCCAGCCCACGGCCCCCAGCACUUAAAAUGGACUUGCCUCCCAGGAGGGCUCAGAGCUGCAGGACAUGGGCAGAGGAAGAGGCAGUUCCCAGGCCCCAGGUCUCCCUGUGACUUCAGCUCUCUUUCAAGGGAAAUUCAGGGCCAGGAGAAGGAAGUCCAGGGUCCCGGCACUGUCUGGAGCAGAUACACACCCCUGCCCAGGGCUUGGACUCUUCUUGAUUUCAGGUUUCCAACCACAAGCACCAAAGCAGAGGGGCAGGCAGCACACCACCCAGCAGCCAGAGCACCAGCCCAGCCAUGGUCCUUGAGGUGAGUGACCACCAAGUGCUAAAUGACGCCGAGGUUGCCGCCCUCCUGGAGAACUUCAGCUCUUCCUAUGACUAUGGAGAAAACGAGAGUGACUCGUGCUGUACCUCCCCGCCCUGCCCACAGGACUUCAGCCUGAACUUCGACCGGGCCUUCCUGCCAGCCCUCUACAGCCUCCUCUUUCUGCUGGGGCUGCUGGGCAACGGCGCCGUGGCAGCCGUGCUGCUGAGCCGGCGGACAGCCCUGAGCAGCACCGACACCUUCCUGCUCCACCUAGCUGUAGCAGACACGCUGCUGGUGCUGACACUCCCGCUCUGGGCAGUGGACGCUGCCGUCCAGUGGGUCUUUGGCUCUGGCCUCUGCAAAGUGGCAGGUGCCCUCUUCAACAUCAACUUCUACGCAGGAGCCCUCCUGCUGGCCUGCAUCAGUUUUGACCGCUACCUGAACAUAGUUCAUGCCACCCAGCUCUACCGCCGGGGGCCCCCGGCCCGCGUGACCCUCACCUGCCUGGCUGUCUGGGGGCUCUGCCUGCUUUUCGCCCUCCCAGACUUCAUCUUCCUGUCGGCCCACCACGACGAGCGCCUCAACGCCACCCACUGCCAAUACAACUUCCCACAGGUGGGCCGCACGGCUCUGCGGGUGCUGCAGCUGGUGGCUGGCUUUCUGCUGCCCCUGCUGGUCAUGGCCUACUGCUAUGCCCACAUCCUGGCCGUGCUGCUGGUCUCCAGGGGCCAGCGGCGCCUGCGGGCCAUGCGGCUGGUGGUGGUGGUCGUGGUGGCCUUUGCCCUCUGCUGGACCCCCUAUCACCUGGUGGUGCUGGUGGACAUCCUCAUGGACCUGGGCGCUUUGGCCCGCAACUGUGGCCGAGAAAGCAGGGUAGACGUGGCCAAGUCGGUCACCUCAGGCCUGGGCUACAUGCACUGCUGCCUCAACCCGCUGCUCUAUGCCUUUGUAGGGGUCAAGUUCCGGGAGCGGAUGUGGAUGCUGCUCUUGCGCCUGGGCUGCCCCAACCAGAGAGGGCUCCAGAGGCAGCCAUCGUCUUCCCGCCGGGAUUCAUCCUGGUCUGAGACCUCAGAGGCCUCCUACUCGGGCUUGUGAGGCCGGAAUCCGGGCUCCCCUUUCGCCCACAGUCUGACUUCCCCGCAUUCCAGGCUCCUCCCUCCCUCUGCCGGCUCUGGCUCUGCCCCAUAUCCUCGCUCCCGUGACUCACUGGCAGCCCCAGCACCACCAGGUCUCCCAGGAAGCCACCCUCCCAGCUCUGAGGACUGCACCAUUGCUGCUCCUUAUCUGCCAAGCCCCAUCCUGCCGCCCGAGGUGGCUGCCUGGAGCCCCACUGCCCUUCUCAUUUGGAAACUAAAACUUCACCUUCCCCAAGUGCGGGGAGUACAAGGCAUGGCGUAGAGGGUGCUGCCCCAUGAAGCCACAGCCCAGGCCUCCAGCUCAGCAGUGACUGUGGCCAUGGUCCCCAAGACCUCUGUAUUUGCUCUUUUAUUUUUAUGUCUAAAAUCCUGCUUAAAACUUUUCAAUAAACAAGAUCGUCAGGACCAGGGCAUGUUCAUGCAUCAUUACAGUCAGCCCAGCCCACCUGGGCUCCAGGGGCACUUCCUGGUUCUACCUGCCUGGCCCUGGGUCUGUGCCAGCCCAUCCUGCCUUCAUCAAUGUCUGUCUGCAGCUUUGUCUCUGCCCUCGUGGGCACUCCUGUUCUACUCACAG